AUGGAUCCCAAGCAACCAGUGGUUCUGCAGCUUUUAGAGAGCUUGAAAGAUUCAUACAUGAGCAAUGAUUUCAAGACAUGUCAACAGUUGUUGGGUCAGCUCAAGGACAUUGUGGAUCAAAAGGCAAGUCUUGAUGGAACAGAUAAUGAACAACAACAACUUGGAGAAUUGAGCAAUCCUCCUCUUGACAUGAAGUCAGUCGACCCCAGUCUUUGGGAGGUAGAGGAUGCAGAGGAUGAUCAGGAUCAAGAGCUUGAUGACUAUAACAAGAUCCCUUAUGAUGCAGAAUGGAUCGCCAAAACCAAUUGCGUGGAGUACCCUGCAACUAUCGAUGUCAAGGAAGAUAAUAAAGAGGAGGAUAAUGCAAAAGAGGAUGAAGAGGAGGAUGAUCAUUCUGGCGCAGAAGAGGAUGAAGAGUAUGUAGUGGAUGAAGAGAGCUCAGAAGAGGAUGAAGAGGAUGAUGCAGAAAAGGAUGAAGAUUAUGAAGUGGAUGAAGAGGAGGAUGAUGAUUCUGGCUCAGAAGAAGAUGAAGAAAUCCAGCAGCCUUUACGUCGAUCAUCGCGGAUCAAGAAUGUUAAGUAG